CAAUCAGUCGCGCCUGUGAAGAAAUAAAGUAAUUGAUUAAUUUUACCAUGGAUAGAGUGAGAUUCAAAAUUAAUGGACAUGAAUAUUCUGUCGGCUGUGAGGUGAGUUCAACUGUGAUGCUCUUGGAGUACCUACGUGAUCACCUGGAACUUCGCGGCACUAAGUAUAUGUGCAGGCAGGCGUCCUGCGGCGCAUGCAUUGUCACAGCACGACGACCACCUGCAUCACCGUAUGCUGUUAAUUCGUGCGUUCUACCAAUCACUGCUUGCCAGGGUUUAGAGAUCACCACUAUUGAGGAAGUAGGCAAUAAAAACAAGGGUUAUCAUCCUCUACAAACUACACUGGCGAAAUAUAAUGGGUCUCAAUGUGGGUACUGUACACCUGGGUGGGUAAUGGCUAUGUACAGUCUUCUCCAAAGCAAAAAGAACCUAACCCAGUUAGAAAUAGAAAAGUCAUUUGGAAGUAACAUAUGCAGGUGUACAGGAUUUCGGCCAAUUUUGGAUGCAUUUAAAAAUUUUGCAAGUGAUUCAACGAAUAAAAUUGAACUUCCUGACAUAGAAGACUUGAGAAUUUGCAGCAAGAAGAAUAAACCUUGCGAAGAAGAAGAUUGGUGUAUGCUGUCAAUGAGUGAUGUGAAUAAAAAUGGUGGUAUUUUGAAGAUUAAUCUGAAGGAUGGAAAGGUCUGGUAUAAAGCUAAUAAAAUAGGCGAUAUAUUUAAUGUAUUGAAGACAGAAGGAUGUGAUUCAUAUAAAUUGGUUUGUGGGAAUACUGGUAGAGGAGUUUAUCCAGAGGAUGAGCUUAAAUACAAUCCUCGAGUACUUAUAGAUGUGACUCAAGUUGAAGACCUAACUGGUUAUUACCUUGAUCAAAAUCUUGUAAUACGAGCAGAAACCACACUUAGCCACUUACUAGAAAUAUUAAAUACUGUGUCUGAACAAGAAGAUAGCUUCAGUUAUUUAAAAGUUUUGUACGAUCACAUUGUAUUGGUUGCCCAUAUAGCUGUUCGAAAUGUGGGCUCCAUAGCGGGGAACUUGAUGACAAAACACAGACAUAAUGAUUUUUCAUCGGAUUUGUUUCUGUUAUUUGAAACUGUUGGUGCUGAGUUAACUAUUAUGUGUUCAAAGGGUAAUACACAAAUCGUAAAUAUGCAGGAAUUCUUAAAGCUGAAGAUGAAAGGGAAGCUGAUUUUGAACGUAAUGUUGCCGCCACUUAGCCAGGAGUACAAAUUAGUUACUUACAAGAUUAUGCCCCGCUUUGAAAAUGCACACGCUGUAGUCAAUUCUGGAUUUUUAUACAAACUUAAUCCCGAUAACACUGUUGUUAACACAAGGAUAACAUUUGGUGGACUAUCGGCAAAAUUCAUUCGGGCUCCAGAAACUGAACGGUUUCUAGUUGGGAAGCCAUUAUUCAAAAAUGAUAUCCUACAAGAAGCUACCGAAAUAUUAAAAUCUGAAUUGGUUGUGACUGAAAAUCUUCCAGAAUUUUCUGCUAAGUAUAGAAGACAGCUGGCUGUAGGACUUUUCUAUAAAGGUCUGCUAACUUUAUGUCCGGAUACUUUGAUACACCCACGCUACAAAUCAGGGGCAAUCAAAUUACAUGAGACUAGACCGGUGUCUGAGGGUCGACAGAUAUUUGACACAAUCCCCAGUUUAUGGCCUAUAAACCAGCCCAUGCCGAAGAUUGAAGGAUUGAUACAAUGCUCAGGUGAAGCGAAAUAUACUGAUGACAUUCCUACAUUUCCCAGAGAAGUUCACGGCGCAUUUGUUCUCAGUACUAUUGGUAAAGGUCGUAUCGUAUCUAUAGAUCCUUCAAAUGCCCUUAAACAACCAGGUGUAAUAGCAUUCUAUUCAGCGAAAGAUAUCCCUGGUUUGAAUUCCUUCACACCUAAAGACCUAUAUACGUAUCACAUGAACGAAGAAGUUUUCUGCAGCAGCCAAGUCAAAUACUUCAACCAACCACUCGGUUUGAUUGUAGCUGAUAAUCAAGACAUUGCUUAUGAAGCAGUUAAUUUAGUCAAAGUAACUUAUGCAAAUCUAGAAAAACCAGUAAUUGAUGUAGAUGAAGGUAAGAAAGAUCCUGCAAGAAAUACUUUGUACACAGAAAUUAAGGCAACAACAAGAGGUAACGAUGUUGCUAAAGUUGUCAAGGGCAGUAAUACAUUGAAAGCGCAGAACUAUUUUUCUAUGGAAACAUUGGUUAGUUUAACAAAUCCUAUAGAAGAAGGGUUUGAUGUGUAUGCUACUACACAAUGGCCAGCAGUAAUUCAAUUGAUGAUAUAUCGUGCAUUGAAGGUAGAUCAAAACAAGAUUACUGUUCAUGUUCGGCGUGUUGGUGGCGCAUACGGAUUCAAAAUAUCACGGUCCAUACAAGUAGCAAUAGCUUCCAGCUUAGUAGCAUUGAAAUUGAACCGACCCUGUAGAAUAAUCAAUAGAAUGGAAACAAAUACGAGAGCCUUUGGGAAAAGGUUUCCAAGUUCUGUUGACUAUGAGGUCAGUGUAAACAAAUCGGGUAUUUUCCAAUACAUUGACUACAGUAUGUAUGAAGACAAUGGUUACGGCUACAAUGAAGAAUUGUCUUGGUUGGGUGUCGCAGUGUACAAUAACUGCUACAACUCUAGUACCUGGAACUAUAAGUGCUAUAACACCGUCACAGACACAGCCAAAAACACUUGGUUUCGAUCUCCAGGAAGUCUGGAACACAUAUCAAUGGCGGAACUUAUGAUGGAACAAAUAUCUUAUGAACUAUCAAUAAACCCAAAUGAGCUGCGACUUGCAAAUCUAGAUCCUCAGCACAACGAUCUCAAAAAAAUGUUUGAAACUCUAGCUUCUACAGCGGAAUAUACAACAAGGAGAACAGCAGUUAAUAAAUUCAAUGCUGAAAACAGGUGGAAGAAACGAGGCCUCAGAUUUGUAUUCCUUAAAUGGAAUCAUAGUUUCCCAAGAUAUUUCGACGUGAACCUCGUUGUAUACCAGGCAGACGGAACAGUCGCAAUUAGCCAUGGCGGAGUUGAAAUGGGCCAAGGCAUAAAUACCAAAGCUGCGCAAGUAGCUGCUUAUAAACUAAAUAUUCCUGUAGAAAAAAUUAUAAUUACUGAAACAAACACAAUUUUAUCUCCAAAUGCUUAUGUUACUGGAGGGAGUCUUACAACGCAGAAUAUAAUGAUUGGAGUAGAAAGAUGUUGUGACCAACUACUGCAAAGACUAGAACCAAUUCGAAAACAGAUGAAUAAUCCUUCUUGGGAAGAUUUAAUAACGACAAGUUAUGCUAAUUUCGUAGACCUGCAAGCCCAUGGGUUUGUUGAUGCAAAUGAUCAGCAAGAAUAUUUUGUGUAUGGUGUCACAUUGGCUGAAGUUGAGAUAGAUGUGAUUACUGGAGAAAUGGAAGUAUUGAGAGUUGAUAUCCAUCACGAUGUGGGACAGAGCGUGAACCCUGAGCUUGAUGUAGGCCAGAUUGAAGGUGCUUUCAUCAUGGGUCUUGGGUACUGGACGUCUGAGAAUAUGGUCUAUGACCCCAACACAGGGGAACUGCUCACUGAUCGUACUUGGAAUUACUAUGUGCCACUAGCAAGAGAUAUACCACAGGACUUCAGAAUCUAUCUGAGAAAGAAGUCGUAUACAUCCAAAAUAAUAUUUGGGUCUAAAGGAUGCGGAGAACCUCCCAUCUGCAUGUCAGUGUCGGUACCGAUAGCCAUCCAAGAGGCUAUUGUAUCAGCUAGAGAAGAAGCUGGCUUACCUAGCAAUCAAUGGUUCAAUAUUGAUGGUCCAUACACAGUUGAAAAAAUAUGCUUAAAUUGUGAAACCAACACUAAAGACUUCAAAUUCAACUAAAAGCUUCAAAAAAGCAAUUGCAAAUACUUUCAUAAGAAUGUUAUAGAAAAUUGCAUUGGAAAACAUCAUAGGUACUUUUUUAAACUGUAUAUCGCAGUGUGGCGAUAGAAAAAUCAUAUUUCUAUCUGAGACAGUGAGGGAGAGGCUCCGAUAUAUUGCAGCGAGCUACCCUCGAGUUUCUCAUUUUACUAAGACUUCACCUGGAGUGUAUUGUGUAAUAUUUUACUGACAAUGAUGUAUA